UUUGCGAUUGUUUGUCAAUGUCGUAAGUCGUUGUCAAAAGCAUGAUAUUUGGAGAAACGUGUGGAUUUUUCCAAAAUCUAGAAAUGUAUUCAAUAAAGUGAUAGAUAUUGAUUGUAUAAAUUUGAAAGGAUGGCGCGUCACCGUAAUAUAAGAAACAGAAGUUAUUCUGACGAUUACGACUAUGAGGAUGUGUAUGGACAUUCAGUUGAAGAGGACUCUUGUUUAUCUCCAAGUGAUGCUGCUCAGUUUAUGUAUGAUCGUUCACGAAACCAGCACGCUAUAUCACAGUUUAUAGAUUCUCAUGAUGAUAUACAAGAGGAGCCGGAAGAUGAUGACGUCGACAAUUCACGGCCUGCUCUCGAGCGUCGGGAAUCUAUGGACUUGAGGGGCCUUAACUUAACGGAAGAUGAUGAAGCAAAGCUUAUGUCGUGCUUGGAUGAACUGCGAAACAUUUUAGGUGAUACCUUGUCGGAUAAUAUUCUUAUACAAACGGUCCUAAAACAUAGAUUUGAUUAUAGUAGAGCACUUGAUGAAAUAUUAAAUAAUAACAAAUCUGCCAAUGACUUGACAAACAAACAACAACAUACCGAUUCCACACGGCCUAAAGUAGUUGUUGAACCACCAAUAGUCAUUCCACUAGUAGAUAAGGCUCCUCUUUCUAUAUCUACGGUGGACCAAACACCAAAAGUAAUUGCAUCAAAAAUUGAAAAGACAACACCUAUAGUAAAAGGUUUUCAAAUUAAUGUAGAUGGUAGUACCAAUAGUCGACCUCAGACACCCAGAGAUCAGUCUCCUGCGGUGGACAGAAUACAGUCUAGAAAUGACAAUUUAGAUGAUAGUAAGUCAACCCCAAAAGUUAAAGAAAGUAAAAUAGAUCCAAAUACAAAAUUUACCAAUGAGAGAGGUUCUGAUAAAGAGCAUUUGUAUAUUGUUGUUAUUGGGCAUGUGGAUGCUGGCAAGUCUACAUUAAUGGGACAUUUACUUUGUGAGCUUGGCGAGGUCAGCCAAAGGACUCUACAUAAAUAUGAGCAGGAGAGCAAGAAGAUAGGCAAGCAGAGCUUCAUGUAUGCUUGGGUAUUGGAUGAAACCGGUGAAGAGAGAGUACGAGGGAUAACAAUGGAUGUCGGAAAGGCUCAGUUUGAAACAAAGACAAAAAAAGUAAUUAUAUUAGAUGCACCGGGCCACGCAGACUUUAUCCCAAAUAUGAUUACUGGCGCUGGACAAGCAGAUGUGGCUUUGUUAGUAGUAGAUGCUACUAGAGGAGAAUUUGAAUCAGGAUUUGAACUUGGUGGACAGACCAGGGAGCAUGCCCUGCUGGUAAGGUCUCUUGGAGUCAAUCAGCUAGCUGUUGCUGUCAACAAAUUAGACACCACAAACUGGUCUCAAGAGCGCUUUAAUGAUAUUGUUAAAAAAUUAAAAGCAUUUUUAAAGCAAGCUGGAUUUAAAGACUCGGAUGUUACAUUUGUGCCAUGUUCUGGUCUGACAGGGGAGAAUCUUGUUAAAACCCCAACUGAAGGCGAAUUAAUCAAAUGGUAUAGUGGUCCUAGCUUGCUUGAUGUAAUAGAUAAGUUUAAUGUCCCAGAGAGACCUGUUUCUAGGCCUUUGCGAAUGUCCAUAAAUGAUGUAUUUAAAGGCACUGGGUCUGGCUUCUGUGUGGCUGGGCGAAUAGAAACUGGAAUACUGAAUAAAGGUGAUAAAGUAUUGGUUUGUCCUUCAAAAGAGAUAGCCGAGGUUAGAAGUCUUGCUAUUAAUGAGUUUACUACUAAUGUAUCAUUUGCUGGAGACCAGGUAGCUGUGACAUUGUCAGGAGUAGAAAUGCAAAAUGUAUCAAUUGGUUACAUACUGAGUGAUCCUGUGAACCAAGUGCCUGUAACAACACGAUUUGAAGCCCGGCUCGUAGUCUUUAAUGUAAAAGUACCUAUUACUAAAGGCUAUCCUGUAUUACUUCAUCACCAGUCACUGGUCGAAUCGGCACACAUUAGUAAACUCAAAGCACUUUUGAAUAAAAGCACUGGAGAAUUAAUAAAGAAAAAACCUAGAUGCUUAGGAAAUAAUUCAGUAGCCCUAGUAGAGAUUGAGGUGUGUAGGCCUAUUUGUAUGGAGCGAUACAAAGAUGUGAAGGAGUUAGGAAGAGUAAUGUUGCGUGUUGCAGGUGUUACAAUAGCUGCUGGACUUGUAACUGACAUUUAUACAGAUUGAUCUGAUGUUCUGUUCAUUAUUUAUUUGUCAAAUAUAGCAGAUUUUUCUGGCUUUAAAUGUACACACUUUCAGAGGAUGGAAAUGUAAAUUUCAUAAGAAUUAAUAUUAAUUAUGUACAAUUAAAAUUAAAAUUUUAUUGUGCUAUACUUAAUCGUGAUAAUUAUAACAUAUAAAUUAUAUUUAUGGCAAUAAAUGUUAUCAAAGUU